GCAGUCUGGACAAUGCCACACCCCUCGUCCACCUCUACAUUCCCACAGGCUUGGCGCAACAAUGCUCAAAGAUCGGACCUGCUGCCAUCGUUGGCUGGCUUGUGCGCGGCGGUCCUGACGAGACGAUCAUCAUAGUAGCAGGCGCGCUUGCCUUGCACCAUGAAGCCCUCUCGAUGAUCGAAAAGACGCAGGAGCUGGAUGAAAAAACGAGGCCGAGCAAGCCCUCCAUACUGGGCACCUGCAAUGUCGGUAUUCAACAGUCUGACCCUCAGAGCCACGAGGAGAGGCUGCGCACUUACCGCGUUCAACGUGAUGCCUGGCUCGAGGCUGAAGUUGCCGAAAUUUCCCCUCGUGGGCCACUGUCGUACCCGAGGAGACGACUGGAGAUACGCUCUAUCGCGCUCCGAUUCUCAUGCAAGGCAGCUCCAGCACUGACCGUCAUCAACUACAUUCCCCCAAAAUCUAACGCCCUGCAAUUCCUAUCGCUCGAGCCUUUGGCCUUGCUACAGCCAGCGCAAGGCCCACAGCCAAUGAGCGAAGCAAAAAUCACUCGUCCCAGGUACGCUCAUCUUUCCGCCAAUCAAUAUCUUCAACAAACAAGGGCUGAAAAAUUAGUAGCUCUGGAUCCAGUGAGGAUGAAAGAUGCGAUGGAUUUGCAUCCAAAAGGUCGAGCGCCUGGGUCUGGGCUUAGGAAGGCUGUCGAACUGAUCAACCGAGCGUCUACCUGCAUGAGUAACUUAGACACACCUUCUCGCGAGACGCGUCACUCGCAAGAAUGCUCGGCCUCAGCACACACCAAUUUGAGCAUUGUGUUGUAUCCAUUGUCGCGCACGUGCAGCAUCUUUCAGACAAUUCUGCGCACAUCUCUCGGCGCGACAAGAGAUGCAGGAUUGGUGGGCGUAAGCAUGGCAGCCUGCCAACUUGAUCUUCGUCUGGGUCAACUCUCAACAUGGCCUUCUUUAGGCAAUCGACUUCGACGAUGGCGUCGAUCUGGCUUAGUCCCAACCUCGGAUCUCAGCGCACGGUACAUCAGUCUUUGGAACGGUGUCUGGCUCGUCGCCAACGACCUCAUUAUUGGGCACGCUGUCGGCGCGUUCGUCUGCGAUCACCAUCAAGCUAUUGCUGCAGCAGUCUCUCAGGCAAUUCAGAAAGUCGCGCUGAGCUCUAUUCAGGAAUUGCUCGUGUGGCUCGGCAAUUGGCCGGCUGGUAUCAAGCUCAAUGCUGAGCUAGCCUCCUUCUUUGGAGACAUGUUCAGAGGUCUGAUAGACUUAUGGGAGCAUACAGCAUACAAGACUCUUCAUGCGCAGCUGCCACAAGCUAUCGUGCUGAUCGGCAUGAGUGGUCGAUAUUUCGGACUCACAAUGCUACUGUCUCUCACUUCCGACCUCAUCUCAAUCUCAACGCUCCACCUUUCCAUUUUCUACAUUUUGGCAAGAUACAUCAACAGCUUUUUCCUCUAUCUGCUGGGCGUCCUGUUUCAUCUGUUUCGAGGCAAGAAGCGCAAUCCUCUACGAGGUGGACGAGUAGAUGACGCGACGUAUGAUGUUGAUCAACUAAUGCUGGGCACGAUUCUCUUCACUCUGCUAGCGUUUCUCUAUCCCACCGUCUUUCUAUACUACGUUGCCUUUGCCAGUAUCAGGUACUGCAUCGUAGUUGCGACCACAGCUCUUGACACUCUGAGAGCAAUCUUUAACCAUCUGCCCCUCUUCGCCAUCUUGCUGCGCAUCAAGGAUCCCUCUCGUCUACCAGCUGGAAUCAGCAUGCAACGGAUCGACGACUCGCACGACUCGCAAUUUUCCUCGGCAGCCUCUCAUUUCGAGCUGCGUAGCGUUCCGCUAGACAUCACCUCGCUGUUCGUCGGCUAUCGCUCCCACUUUGCCGGACUCAUUGCAUUGCCGUCUCUUCUCGCAGCUAUAUUUACAGGACAGUACAUCUCAGCUCCAGACGGCACAGGCGCACAUCCAUAGCACCAAGAAUCACAGUGUCGACUCAUCGCGGCGCACAGCGCACGAGAAUAGGUCAGAGGAGCCUUCCAAUUAAUUGUAAUUCAUGUUCUGCCGUUAGAC